GGUCUCGUGGCCAUGACCUACCAGCUCGAUACUCCACCCAGACGUUCACCACUGAGUUCAGCAUCAUGGCCGCGACCCACACUGCGAUGGUGGGGUAUAUACGGUUGGUUAUUGAAGACAACUUGGGUAAGGGAUGGUAUAAAGAACAAACUAAGCGAGUUUGGGGUGCUGAAACGGACUAG